CUCUUCCAAGAAGAUCGCCGCUGAUUUUUGUUAGUAUUAAAUGGCCGUGUGACCGUGCAACGACCUUAACACACGGUCGAGUAAACGUGCCAAUGGGAAUCCAGGAGGUUAGAAGGAAAGUGUAAUCGCCUGAAGGCGGACUCGAGCCAGCGGAGGCCUCAGUUCGUCUUAAAACGCCUACGUCGUAACAACGCUCUCGAUUCAAUUGCGUCAACGAUCAAGAUCGCGUCGAUCCUGUUCUAGGACGCAACGCAGGUGCUCGAACCGGGCCAUUAUGGAGAUCAAAAACGUGUCGGUGUUCCUAGUUAUACUCGGGCUGUCUCUGAUCGUCGCUGACGUCGAGGCAGGAUGGAAGUUUUGGAAAAAGAAGGACAAAGACGUGACCACUACGACAGCUAUCCCAAGCACAGUUGCUACCCCGUCAACUAGCAAACCACAAAGUGGCCCGCCUAGUGUAGGAUCGGCUGUACUCGGCGCGGGUGAUCCUGGUUUGGCGAUCGGCGUCACUUCGACCGGACAAAAUAUCAGAAACAACGCACGGCCUGGUAAACCAAAUCCAGGAACAGAGGUUGGUCUCGAUAUUCCAGUGCCGAAACCAGGCAAACCGGGAGUCGGUGGUAACGCUGGACAAGGCUACAGAGACUGGGCGGCGGAUCUCACGGGAGCUGGAGAACCAGGAAGACAAUCGCCAACUCUACCUAAGCAAGGACCAGCAUUGAGCAAUGGCGGUAAAUUGACAAACAUUCUUAAACAUUUCAGACCGGGAUCACCGCAGCCACAAACACCAGGCGCUAAACCAAUCCCGGGUUCAGUUACACCUGCACCUCGACCUCAACCACAACAACCUCAGCCGCAAUCACCAGGUUCGAGACCCUCUUCGCCUUCUGGAUCACCAGGACAGUUGCCACCGUACUCUAAUCAACCUGGUACAACGGCCCGACCUCUACCUAGACCAGGAGGUCCUGGUUCGUUAGAUAGACCUGGGUCACCAGGAGGUCCUGGUUCGCUAGACAGACCUGGAUCGCUAGGAGGUCCUGGUUCGUUAGAUAGACCUGGAUCGCCAGGUAGACCUGGUUCACUAGACAGACCUGGAUCGCUAGGAGGUCCUGGUUCGUUAGAUAGACCUGGAUCACCAAGUAGACCUGGUUCACUAGACAGAGCUGGUUCACUAGACAGACCUGGAUCGCCAGGAGGUCCUGGUUCGUUAGAUAGACCUGGAUCACCAGGAAGUCCUGGCUCGUUAGACAGACCUGGAUCGCCAGGAAGAACUUGGGCCGACGUUGCUGGCGGUGGUAGCAGACCUAACUCUCCCACACCUUCCCCAAGACAACCAGGAUACCCGAAUCAACCAGGAUCCCCGAAUCAACCAGGAUAUCCGAAUCAACCAGGAUACCCGAAUCAACCAGGGUACCCGAAUCAACCAGGAAGGCCUCAACAAAGACCCCAAACACCUACGCAACCCGGACAAUCCAGGCCAUCUACGGGAGCGAUAGCGGCAGGCGGUGCACUAGCUGCAGGCGGUGCACUAGCUGCAGGUGGUGCACUAGCUGGAGGCGCGGGACAAACAGCAGGAGCUGGAAACUCGAACAAGGUUUACUCGAGCAAUCCCACCUACAGCAAAGGAAACGCAAUUACUGACGAGGAUUUGGAGAAACUCUCCGAGGCUCUGUUUAUAAAAGACAACAACAACGCGAACAGACACAUAACGCUGAAUCUGCAGAAGCAGACGAGUAGCAGCAGUACGACGGACGAUGCACCGCAACCGUUGUUCACGAUAAACGCGGAAGCGUUCCAAGGACCCACGGUGCAGAAAGUUAUAUCGAUCUACGACAACUAUCAACCGGAUACAAACGUGAACGAGCACAUCAGCCCGUUACAAAGACAAGAAGAGAGUCUUCUGGUGGACACGUUCCUCAGUACGAACGUAAUGUCCGCAGCCAUGCGAUUCCUGGCGGACAAAGGGCACGUUCGCAAGGACUACUACGAGUACAAGGACACGUUAAGGAAGAUAUGGUUCAACCUGUUCUCCCGUGGACAAGGGAAGAUCGGUAGCUCCGGAUUCGAGCACGUUUUUAUGGCUGAACUUAAGAACGCGGCCACGGGCACCGAAGUGGUCGGUUUGCACAAUUGGAUCUACUAUAGCAAGGAGGAGAUGAGCGGAAAGGCAGACUACAAUGGCUAUUUGAAGAAAGUUGACCUAGGAGACAAAGCUUCCAUCGUAAAAAUACGCACGAAGUAUAGCGGAUACGAUAAACCAGUAACAACCAUAUUCGUGGGUACCUCGCCCGAGCUGGAAAUGUCACUGUACACGGUUUGUUUCUAUGCACGACCGGACGGCAGCUGUCCAGUGUCACUGGGAGGCUACAACGUCAGAAUAAGUGGCCAAGACGUGGGUCGAGGGACAUUUUCCCACAGACACGCCAUGCUCGUCGAUCAGUCGACAGGAGGCAUACACGUCCCUCUGAACUCGAUGAUCGAGGAUCAAACUGGAAAAUUAGAGUUGGCAAACAGUAUUCUGUCGGAGGAGGCGGUUCUUGGCUACGAAUACGGUAUGAGCAUAGCUUCACCGACCACGUUGACCAUUUGGGAAGCGCAGUUUGGUGAUUUCUUUAACGGAGCACAGAUCAUCAUCGACACGUUUGUGAGCAGCGGGGAGGCAAAAUGGAUGUUGAGCAGCGGACUUACGGUACUUCUACCGCAUGGCUACGACGGCGCUGGGCCUGAACACAGCUCUUGCAGGCUCGAGAGAUUUUUACAACUCACGAGCAGCAUGGAGAACAAGCCCGACGGCGAUGAUAUUAAUAUGCACAUUGUGAACCCUACAAAUCCAGCACAAUACUUUCAUGUAUUAAGAAGACAAAUGGUAAGGAAUUUCCGUAAACCUUUGAUAAUAGUGGCUCCAAAAAUAUUAUUACGCCAUCCUGCUGCGACAUCGUCGCUGAAAGACAUGGGACCAGACACUAAGUUUGAGAACAUUCUAGGAGAUGAAAAAGUUGUGGAGUCGGAUGUGGAUAAGGUGAUCUUAGUGAGCGGCAAGCACUAUUACGCUCUUGAUAAUCACAGAGACAGCACGAAACUGAAAAACGUGGCAAUUGUUAGAUUAGAGAGCUUAUGUCCCUUCCCAAUUCAUGAACUAUUGCAAGAAAUCAAUAGAUAUAAACGCGCAAAGACUUUUAUUUGGAGUCAAGAGGAACCGCAAAAUAUGGGAGCGUGGAACUUCGUUAAGCCCCGUUUUGAGAAUUUAUGCGGCAAACCAUUGAAGUAUUGCGGUCGUAUGCCUAUGGCUGCACCGGCUGGCGGUGAAGGAAAAUUACAUCAACAAGAAGCUCACGAAGUUGUCGUUAAACCGUUUAGUAUACAAUGACUUUGUUUUUUAACUAGCUUUUCAUACAAUAACUAUUUUAAAUGAAAAAUAAUUUAGAAGAUGUCAUUGU